AUGAGGUGUAAACCCACCGAACCCACCAGCCCGUCUCGCUUCCCUGCACUCCACCCGUCUGCUCUUUCCAGCAGCCCCUGGGAGACGUUUCCAAGCCCCCCGCCACAGCGACCACAGGGCUCACCUCCCUCGGGCACCUUCCCCGCCAUGCCGCGCUCCUUCCUGGUCAAGACCAAGAGACCUCACCUUCUCAGCCCUACUAGGGACUCCUUCAGACCGAAUUUCGGGCCCCAGAGAUGUUCCGAUAAGCCCGAGAUGGGGCAAAUCGGCCGACACCCGGAUGGAGCCGUGCAGCCUUUGUCCCCAGUGCCCGGUGUCGGGGAUCUUUUGACCGAUGCCCACGCACUGAGAGCAGGAACGGAAGAUCGCCCUGGCAGUGAUGAGCUCUGGCCUUCAGCUCCCCCGGGGAAAGGAGGCUCCUCAGCGUUCACGUCCCCGUGGUCCACAGACAGGCGGGGGUCUGAAAGGGAGCAGGAACUGGAGAGACUGGUCUUCAUGUUGCUCAACCACACGUUGCACACUGACCUCAAGUCCCCCGUCAAAGAGUGUCCACUCUGCGAGAAGUCUGCGUCGGAAGUCCUGAUGUCGGGAGGCAGUUUGCAUGAUCACAUCUCCCGCACCUUCUCUCCACCGUUCGCAAGCUCGUUAACGGCCGCGGACGUGUCCACCGUGCCCUUUGGCCCCAGAUCGGUCGGCAGCUUUUGUCGGGCUAAGGAGCGCAGCUUCGGCUGCAAGGUGUGCGGCAAGGUGUUCAAGCGCUCGUCCACCCUGUCCACGCACCUCCUCAUCCACUCGGACACGCGCCCCUACCCCUGCCAGUACUGCGGCAAAAGGUUCCACCAGAAGUCCGACAUGAAGAAGCACACCUUCAUCCACACGGGUGAGAAGCCGCACGUGUGCAAGGUGUGUGGGAAGGGAUUCAGCCAGAGCUCCAACCUCAUCACCCACACCCGGAAGCACGGCGGCUACCGGCCGUUCAGCUGCCCCCGCUGCCAGCACAGCUUCCAGCGCCGGGUGGACCUGCAGCGCCACCAAGAGACGCAGUGCAGCUACAGGGACUUGUAUGCGCAAACCUGAACCCCGCCCGUUUUUUAUCUUUGGAGAAAAAUCGCACUUGUAAAUAACCGGGAAAGAUCGACAACUGUAAAAGUGUAAAUACGCGCGCCUGAAGCGGGAAGACGAAUGUCUAAAACGUGGGUUUUAAGGGGAAUAAAGCUGGACGGCCUUGAUGAGGGUUGCGGUUGUUGAUAGAAAGUCUAACGCCUCCACAAAAUGUCAAUUAGAUUAUCUUUGGGACGAGCCAGUCAUUUACAAACAAAAAUGUCCUCACAAAGUGCCGGAAAUGAAAGAAGACGCAUCUAAAAGUGCUGACUGUACAUCCACAGCAUGCACUUCUUCUCAGAAUGACCUUUUUGAAAAUGGCUUUUUGCCACCACAUGCACAAAAUGUUCUUUACAUACCAUGUGAAAGCCUAAUUUCUAAACCAUUUUGCACACUAAAGACGGGAAAGGAGGGACUCAUGCCACCCUGCAGCGUCAUGCAGUUGCAAACACAAUUCGCAACAAUCACUGAACACCCGUUGCAGUGCGUUGUCACAACAAUCAGAGCGCUCUGAGGCCUCUGUGGCUAAAAGCCCCUCAAAAGAGACUCUUAUAAGAGUGAGUCUCUCCCACUGAAACAGCUACGAUGUUAAAAACCUCACAGUGAGUCCGGCAAAUACCUCAUAUGAAUGGUUUAUACUUCUAAACUUUUACGUUGUGUCCAUUU